ACAUUGAAGAUGCUCCAGUAAAUGAAGGAAAGACCUCUGCCGAGACCUUUUCACAUGAGAAUGAUCAACUAUUCCAAGAGGAGGGAGAUCCUGACAUUCAAGAAGGUGGUCCAUUAAAUGAAGCAAAGACCUAUAACGAGAUAAAGUCAAACGAAAGUGAUGAUGAGCUCAGGCAUGAAGAGGAAGAAAAGGAAAGGUUGAUCGCCAACAGCCUUGGGAGUAUGCUGUCCCUGUUUAUCAGAAAGGGAAAUAGUGGAGCACAGAAAACUGAGACCUUGCAAGGUCAGCAUUCCCAUGGCAACAGUUCAGACAAGAAUGACAGCACAGGCACUGAUGGUAUUAAUGAAGCUGCUGCUGAUGUAAGCACACCAGUCGGGCAGAAAUCCUUGAUGGAGGAUAAGGAACAAGUGGAAGAUCAGGCAGCAAAGGAGACCAAAACUGAUGAUAGCAAUUUAGAAGAAACUGCUAGUGAUUCCAAGAGUGUAAUCUGCCAGAAAGAAGAAAAUGAUUCAGUGAAGGAUAAAAAUGAAAGCAUAGCUGACGAAUAUGGAUCCUAUAUUAAAGUCACAUUAUCUGGAUUUUUCCUGUGUGAGGUUUGCUUAUCAGAGAUGAAUGGCUUGCCAUCCUUAGCACUUCAUGUCAGUGGUAUGAAACAUUUAAAGAGAGUGGCUGUUUAUGAGAAGAAUAAAGCAUUGAUUUGCGCAGAUGGAAGAAACCUGGCCCUACAGGAGAUGCAAGAACAGAAAAACAGUAAUGAAGUCAAGAGCAAGGAUAACAUGACAAAAUCUAAUAACAGAAACAAAAGAGAUGAAGAGAGAGAGAAAAUCCGAUAUAGAAAAGACGACAGAAGUAGAGAUAGAGAAAGAGUGAGAGGCCAGUACAGAGGGACAGAUACAGAGAUGUAA